GAGGAGGACUCUCCCUCGAAAACCAGUGGCUCCUCAAGACCGCCGACAGACGAGAUACAGCCGUUGUCAUUGCGGUCGUCGACUGCGGAUGGCAAAGGCAAUAUCAGCAAGUCAAGCACUGACCGGCGGGUGUUUACACGCCCUCCGGGUAUGAGGUCACCGAAGUCACUGUCCAAGAGUGUCAAGGCGAACGCGACGUUCCUGACGGAGUGUUCAUUUGGCGUUGCCCAUGAUAGACUAGUUCAGGUCAUCACGGACGUGCAGCCGUUCGAACCCUACUGGGAGGAGCUAAGCGUUAUCGAUCUCUCGAGGAAGAAUCUGGACAGCGUAGCGCGACUGAAGGAAUUCCUGCCGCGGCUGGAUUCACUAUGUCUUAAUACCAAUCAGGUUUCAUACCUGAGUGGCAUCCCAAGCACGGUGAGAUCUCUGUCGGUCGCAUCAAACGCCCUCACGAGCGUGGCUUCUUUCAAUCAUCUCCGCAAUCUGGAGAACCUUGACAUCAGCAAUAACCAGUUGGACUCGUUACGUCAACUCGAAUGCCUCCGCCAUCUAAGGGAGCUGCGAGCCGACGGCAACAAAGUAACGAGCGUCGACGGAUUGCAGCAAUUGGACGGGCUGGUCAAGCUGAGCCUCGAGGGUAACGCAAUCCAUGAUAUUGAUCUGACAGAAUGUCGCUGGACACGGCUGGAGAUGUUGCAUCUAGCCAAGAAUCGAAUUGAGAACAUCAACGGACUGGCGACUCUGCCAUCAUUGGUCCUGCUGAACCUUGAUAAGAACUGUUUGGGCGAGCUGGAUGCCCACGGGGUGAUGCCGCGGCUUCGCAUCCUGCGCGUGAGCGGGAACCGGCUGGCGCAGCUGAAUGCAGGCAGCUUUCCCAACCUGCGGACGCUGUACGCGGACGAUAACCACCUGGGGAAUCUCGUAAAGGCAAGCCGGCUGACGAAACUGGAAAACCUGAGCCUGCGGAACCAGCGCGGGCGCCUGCUGAACUUGAGCGUGAGGGAUGUGCGGGACGUGAAGCGGCUGUAUCUCUCAGGAAAUCCAUUGAAGGCCGGGUUUAUGGAUGAACCGUGCUACAACCUAACGUACCUGGAGCUGGCUGGGUGCCGGCUGGCGGCGCUGCCUGCGAACCUGGCGAAGCUGGUGCCGAACCUGCGCAACCUGAACCUGAAUUAUAAUUUCGUUGAGGAUGUGCGACCGCUGCACGGGCUGAGCAGGCUGAAGAAGCUGACGAUGGUGGGGUCGCGGCUGAAGACGACGAAAGAGCUGAUCCGGGUGCUGCGCGGGAUGCCCGAGGCAGAGGUGCUGGAUUUUCGGAUGAACCCAUGUACACUGCCGUGGUACGUGCCUCUUCUGUACAAGAACAAGAGCGUACCUGGUGGGCCGGAUGGGGAAGCGGGAGACGCCAGGGGUGAGAAAGGGUGGCAGGAGGUGGACGGGGAGUUUCGGCGGGGGCUGCCGGUGGAGGUCUAUGCGCACCGGCUGGCGUACCGGGGGCAUAUCAUGCGGGCGUGCCCGGGCCUGCGCUCGCUGGACGGGGUGGGCGUGACGGAGAAGGAGCGGGCCAAGGCGGGGGAGCUGCUGGCGACGAUGGGACUGCGUAGCAGCGUAGGAGCGUAG